UUCCGUCUGCUUCCUCUUAACACCGGCGCUCCCUUCUGUUCGGACUUCACACCGACGGUCUUUGAUUUAAUACUUCGUUCGAUUCCCUUUCACUCCGAUAGGGGAGCUGCGUUGCUCCUACAGACCCCGCCCCGUCUGUGCUUCAGAUAGGCCAACCUUAUUACGCCCACUCCUCCCGGCAGCAUCGGCUCCUCUCUGAGAAAGAAAAACCCUUCAAUUCACUGUCUCAGGGUAGUUUUUCCUGUUCUACCAUCGCCCCGAACGACGUCACGCUUUCCUCCCCUCUCACCACGAUUUGACACACGGGUUAUUUUUGGGUUCCGGAGCGAGCACCGAUAUGCUCGGAUCCGGGAACCCUCGGUGACAUAGUAGACGGAUUGCAUACUGCUUUGAGCGCUGGCUGGAAAGAUGUUCUCUGAAGGCCAUGGCCCGUCGGGGGCUGCCAGCGGCUCUCAAGAGCAGCAGGGUACAACUUCGGACAGCCCGCCAUCGUCUACGCUUCAUGUAUCGGCCGAGUCUCCGCCCCAACCUACUUUCCUGGAUCGCUUCGAAAUGCUCGCUACACGUGUGCCGGAUUAUUACAUCACACCGUUUUGCGGGGCCAGUGCGGGCGUCGCCUCGGGGAUAGUUACCUGUCCUCUCGAUGUGAUCAAGACCAAGUUGCAGGCUCAGGGUGGAUUCGCGCGACGACGUGGUGGCAAGACGGUCGAGGCUAAGACACUGUACCGGGGAAUGCUGGGAACUGGACGAGUAAUAUGGCGGGAAGAUGGUAUUCGAGGCCUUUAUCAAGGAUUGGGUCCUAUGCUCCUGGGAUACCUGCCGACGUGGGCGGUCUAUUUAGCGGUCUAUGAUCGGUCUCGGGAGUAUUUCUACGAAACAACAGAUAGUUGGUGGCUUUCAAGAGGUUACGCCUCGAUAACGGCGGGCGCUUGCUCGACACUUGCGACAAAUCCGAUAUGGGUGAUUAAGACACGACUUAUGUCACAGAGCCUCCGGUCAAGCAGCGAAGGCUACCGGGCUCCGUGGCAAUACAAAAACACUUGGGAUGCGGCCCGCAAAAUGUACAGAAGUGAAGGAAUCCGUUCGUUCUACUCCGGCCUGACUCCAGCGCUGCUGGGACUGGCGCAUGUGGCCAUCCAGUUCCCUCUCUACGAAUACUUGAAGAUGGCAUUUACGGGCUAUAGUAUUGGCGAACACCCUGAUACUGGCAGCUCACACUGGGUGGGCAUUACAUCCGCGACAUUCCUGAGUAAGGUUUGUGCCAGCACUGCGACAUACCCACAUGAAGUGCUUCGGACACGACUCCAAACACAGCAGAGGACAUCACCGGCGUCCUCACCCGAAGAGAUCUCGUUCCGCGGCGGCAUGGAUCACCCCCAGGGUCAUAGCAGGCCCCCGGGUGCGGCUUCGUCGGACGGGAUGCCCAAUCGACCCCGGUACACGGGGAUCAUUCGCACAUGCCAGACCAUUCUGAGAGAAGAAGGCUGGCGUGCAUUCUACUCUGGGAUCGGCACGAACCUGUUCCGGGCAGUCCCGGCUGCGAUGACUACCAUGCUCACUUACGAGUACUUGAAGAAAACAAUUGGACACGUGCAACAUGAGGGGGAGUUGAAGCUGCAGAAGCUGGAGACCGCAUCAGACAAUGGAAUUUAAUUACUAGAUGGAUGGUCUGUGACGAGGUGACGAGCCAUGGGCAUCGCACCUGAGCUGGGAUUUUAUUGCACCCUAGCGAUUUUAUUUCUGUUCCGUGCUAGUCGUACAUCGCGAAGAUACACUACUAUAGAGGACAUUCAUUUCCUGGGCUGCAGCCCAUGAUAUCCUGUCUGCACGUUGUUUUGAUCCUUUCGACACAUCCUCGGCACAGCCAUACACCCCUGUGGAGUAGGGGUAGAUGUAUGAUGUGCUGUUGACAUGUGAAACUCCAAACAAACUAGUCUUGUUCUGAGUUGUUGAAAUCCUUGGUGGUUAUGGUUCUGAGCGUUCUUGUCUUUUUUCCCCCC